AUGGUUCUAUAUACAUCCUCCAAAUCGAUACCACUCUAAAAUUUCAUUGAAGAUGAUCAAUGGAACCUUGGGAACCAACAACAACAACGGGGAUAUUGAUGCAAGUGGGAUAACAUAUGGCAUAGCAUUUGUAGUUGGGAUAAUGUUCACAAUUUUCACAAUAGCUUUUGCGUGUGUGAGGCUUCGAAUUCGAAUGACUCGCACCACCAACAUACUAAGUGUUUUGGCUGGUAUUUCACCAUCUCAUCAUCAAGCAGGAGAAUUAGGCUUAGUUGAAGAUAUGCAACAAGGUCAUAAUCAUAAUCAUGAUAUUGACACAAGUUUUGAUAGCUACCCCAAGUUGUUAUACUCAGAAGUAGAGAAGAAUAAAGAUGGUUAUUCAAGCUGCUCCAUCUGCUUAGGGGAUUACAAAGAAACUGACAUGUUGAGGUUACUUCCUGAUUGUGGCCAUCUCUACCAUCAUGAUUGUGUUGAUCCAUGGCUCAGGUUACAUUCCACAUGUCCCAUAUGUCGAAAAUCUUUGGUUCAAACUCCUCGCUCUAGUGCCUCCAAUGUUGGGGAAUCCACUACUAUCCCUGUUGUGUAGAUGUUCACAAAGAAAAGAGGUUCAAUCCAAUCACUCUUUCUGCAUAUGCAUGUUUAGCUAGAUUUAUUUAUUUAUAGAAAUAGAAUCAUUUUAAAGUUAUAAUUUUAAGGAUAAUUCGAUUGUCAUAUCACACUAAAAUAAAACUAAUUUCCUGCAUAAACAUCCCAUAAAUGGAGCCCAUGAAAAAGUUUUCUCUCACCUCCAUUUUUUUCUUUCUCCUAAACUUUUGUUUUUACAGGAAAGUGUUUGAGUUUCCUAUAUCAGCACAAUCAUAUUACUCUAAUUUUAAUCUUUUAAAAGA